AUGGAUAAAAGACAUGGUUAUGGUGUUUAUAAAUACGUAAAAACAAACGAAAGAUAUGAAGGAGAAUGGGUAAAUGGGGAAAAAUAAGGACAAGGGACUUAUUUUUAUUCAAAUGGGGGAAAAUAUUAAGGGUAAUGGUUAAAAAAUCAAAAACAUGGAAAAGGAGCUUAUUAUUAUCCUUCUGGAUCUGUAUAUGAGGGGGAUUGGCAGGAUGAUAAAGUUAAUGGGUUUGGAAUUUAGAUCGUAAAAGAUAGUUACAGAUACGAAGGUUAGUUUUAAAAUGGGUUGAAAAGUGGAUAAGGUAUUUUUAUAUUUUAAGAUGAAUCAAGUUAUGAAGGAAACUUUUUGAAUGAUUUUAUUAAUGGGAGUGGGAAUAUGAAUUAUGCGAAUGGGGAUAUUUAUUAAGGUGAAUUUUUUAAUGAUAUGAGAAAUGGAAAUGGGACAUAUUAGUAUGCCAAUGGAGAUAUUUAUGAUGGAGAAUGGAAAGAUGAUAAAAAAUAAGGAGUAGGAACUUUGGAAAUGCAGACUGGUGAUAUAUAUGAAGGAGAAUGGAAUGAAGGAAAAAAAAAUGGAACAGGAGCUUAUAAAUUUGCAAAUGGAGAUAGUUAUGAAGGUUGUUUUGUGAAUGGACUAAGGUACGGGAAAGGAAUAUAUACAUGGUCAGAUAAAUCAUUUUAUAAAGGAGAUUGGGAAUAAGUGUAAAUGAUAAAACCAGGAUCAGGCUCAUCAAAAGUUGCAAAAUAAAAUUUAGAAUAAAUUUCAGCAAAAAUUUCAUCUGGGACUAUAAUUGACUUUGAAGAAUUACAUUAAAAAUCACUUCAUUUAAAAAUAAAAAAUUACAUUAAAAAUAAAAUUGCUUUGAAUUCAACAAAAGCAAUAUUUUAAGACUUCAAGCCUAACCUAUAUCAUGAAACAGCCAGAGAUAAAUACCUUGAUGUUUUUAAUGCAUAUAAAAAACAUGAUAAAGUUGAAUUAAUGAAGCAUUUAUCAGUCCCAUUAUAUGAUAUAUUCAAGACAUCAAUAAAGAAAAAUAGGCCUUUACCAUUUACUUUAUAUGAUGAACUUAUUGAUAUUUCAGUUGUUAUGGCAAGAGUUUAUUCAUUGGAUAAACAUUUAAAUAGUCGUGCUAAUACUUGGCAUUAAAUUACUUGUUAAUUUGUAUUUCAUGAUAAGCUAUUAAAAUAAGAUAUUAAAAAAUAUAAUGUUUUUGAAAGAAGAUAAAUUGAAAACACAAUUCCUAAUUCAUGGAGAAUAUGUCAUUUUGAUUGA